GCUCUCUCCAUUUAUUUCAUCCGCAACACUUCCGCUGAAACCAUUUCAAUCCCUCCGUUACUAUUCACUCAAUUGUUGUCCCCGAUUGAUGCUGUGACGAAAUAGACGCCUACGCAAGAAUAGUAUCUCUCUCCAUAUAUUCUUGGAGCCCUCCUUGAACGAUCAAUUGUACCGUCCAUCGAACCCACCGACAAAACGGCAUCAUGGCCGCCGCUCGAGAUGCGCCAAAACCCCAAAUUGACCGUCAGUCCACAACGCCCUUCCAUCUGAAGCUUUUCUACCGCGUGAACAACUUCCACCACCUGUCAGACUUUGCUCCCCAGUCGUCGCCUGCUUCAUACGGCGGUCCUGUCAGCGGCCCCAACGCCAUUCGGGCGCGCUCCCCUCCCCCGCCGCCGCUCCCUGCCCACCUUCAAAUCUAUACCUGGCAGUCCUGCUCGCUGCGCGAAUUGUCACAGUUACUCACCUCCGCCUUGCCGUCGCUACUACCAGACCCGCCCGUAGGCACAAGACUAUGCUUCCGCCUCAUUUACCCCGACACAAAGACCGCAGCGACGAUGGGGCCCGACGUACGAGGCCGGUACCUUAGCAAGGACAUAGGCAGUGUGGUGAUUGGACCAAGGGACAGCCCGUACCGCGAUGAGAAUGACGAAGAGAACGGCGCUCCUGCGGGCCCCCGGGCUGGACCACUACGGCUACAGGGCCACGACGCCGACAAAACACUACAAGACGUACGAUUCGUGAUCGGAGACUAUGUAGAUUGCGCGAUUCUGCCGCCACUGGAGGACGGGUCGGUAGCACCACCGAUCAGCUCUGGGAGGGGGUCCAUUGGAUCGGCAGUUGGUGGUGGCAUGAGAGCAUUCCGCGAUAAUGGGUUCGCAGGCCGGCCAGGUCGGGGAGGCCGAGGCGGCGGCGGCGGCGACCGCAUUCCUGUAGGCGAUUGGAGACGGGGAGAGAGGCUACCGGAAGGAGGAGGGCGUGGGAGGAGAGGAUGGGGUCCUUAUUAAUUGACAUCUCUUUUUCUUUUGCAUCUAAUGAUUUCGG